GCAGUCAUCACGGUGGUGCACCCACUCUCUCUGCUGAUUCCGCCGCCGCCGCCGCAGCCGCCACCACAGCUAAGACAAAGACACAAACACCAGCAUUAGCUAACGGAGCCGUUAAGCGAAGGAACGGCGGUAAUAACCGAACGGAAGCAGCAGCUAACGGCGUUAAAGUGAUGGCAGCGAAGGCGGCGUUGCAUUACCAUUCUUACUCUCGACCCUCGUUCUUGAAGUGGAGACUGCAGGAUGCUGUACACGUGGCGACACACCAUUGGAUGCCGUGUUUGUUCGCGGUGGGUUUGCUGUUCUUCAUGGCCGUGGAGUACACGCUCCGAAUGGUUCCUCCUUCUUCUCCUCCGUUUGAUUUGGGGUUCAUCGCCACGCGCUCACUCCACCACCUGCUUCAAGAUUCUCCUAAUCUCAACACCGUUUUGGCCUUCCUCAAUACGGUAUUUGUGGGAAUGCAAAUGAUUUAUAUCAUGGGGGCAUGGUUGAUUGAAGGAAGACCAAGAGCAACAAUCUCAGCACUAUUCAUGUUCACAUGUCGUGGGAUUUUGGGUUAUUCCACACAGCUUCCAUUGCCACAGGGAUUUCUGGGUUCCGGGGUGGAUUUCCCCGUUGGGAACGUAUCGUUCUUCUUGUUCUUCUCCGGCCACGUGGCCGGAUCAGUGAUCGCGUCACUGGACAUGAGGAGAAUGAAGAGGCACGAGCUGGCGUGGUUGUUCGACGUGCUGAAUUUGUUGCAAGCAGGGAGGUUGUUAGGGACAAGGGGCCAUUACACCAUUGAUUUGGCAGUUGGUGUUGGUGCUGGGAUUCUCUUUGAUUCUCUUGCAGGCAAGUACGAGGAGUUUAGCCAGAGCAAGUUAUUAAGUCUCAAUGGUGAUCAUAUCAAUGGUGUUGCUAACCAUACAAAACGAAAUUUGAUUCCAUGAAGAGAGGGAAAAAGUAAACAAAAGGAGAGAAAAAGCAAAGGAAAGAAAAAGGGAAGGAUGUGUGUGUGAAAAAGUAAAUGCAGUCUCAAUUGCAAUGUUGUUGAUUUGUUUAUUUAAUUUAUUUAUUUAAUGUUGGUUGAAAGUAUUGGUGUGAUUAGCGAUAUUGUUUUUACAUUUUGUAGAUCGGUAAUAUUAGAGAGACAAAAAAAAAUCAGAAUU